CAGAGGAUAUCCAGUGACAACAUGGAAAAGGAAAAUGCAACCUUGCUGAGAGAAUUUGUUCUCACAGGACUUAUACAUGUACCACAGUGGAAAAUCCCCCUGUUCCUGGUAUUCUUAAUGAUAUACCUCAUCACUGUUUUUGGAAAUACUGGUCUGAUUGGUCUCAUCUGGAGAGAUCCUCAUCUUCAUAUCCCUAUGUACUUUUUCCUUGGGAGUUUAGCCUUUGUUGAUACAUCUAUAUCAUCUAUUGUGAUUCCAAAGAUGUUGGUCAACUUCUUUGCAAAGAAUAAAAUCAUCUCUCUGUCUGAAUGUAUGGUACAAUUCUUUUCUUUUAAUAUCAGUGCAACUACAGAAUGUUUUCUCUUGGCAGCAAUGGCUUAUGAUCGAUAUGCAGCCAUAUGCAAUCCUUUACUCUAUCCAAUGGUAAUGAGCAAUAAAGUAUGCAUACGUCUGUUAGUCUUGUCCUUUGUAUGUGGUCUUCUUCAUGCUUUAAUUCAUGAAGGCUUCUUAUUCAGAUUAACUUUCUGUCAUUCCAAUAUAAUACAUCACUUUUAUUGUGACAUUAUAUCAUUGUUUAAGAUUUCUUGUACAGAUCCUUCUCUUAAUUAUUUAAUUGUUUUUAUUUUCUCUGGUUCAAUCCAGGUAUUCACUAUUUUGAUUGUUCUUGUCUCUUACACAUUUGUUCUCUUUACAGUUUUGAAAAAGAAGUCAUCGAAAGGGAUAAGGAAAGCCUUCUCCACCUGUGGAGCCCAUCUUUUAUCUGUAUCUCUGUACUAUGGUCCUCUACUCUUUAUGUAUGUGCACCCUGCAUCUCCACAAGUAGAUGAUCAAGAUAUGAUGGUCUCUCUGUUUUAUACUGUCAUCAUUCCUGUGUUAAACCCAAUUAUCUACAGUCUGAGAAAUAAGCAAGUCAUACAUUCACUCACAAAGUUCUUAAAGAGACACAUUUAA